UCAUCCAUUAAUCAUUUCCACCACCGAUGUUAUCGGCGGUUUAAUGUGACCCUUUUUGAAUAAUUAAUUCUACCCAUCGAUUUCAUCUGGUUCCGGAUGGGCGAGCAUGGUCCCAGAUCAUUCAAUGGUGACCAACUGACUGAGAAGUAGUCGCACCUUUUUUCCCCCCAGUGAACGUAAAGUGUGGAGCGUUUCAAGCGUGAUGAGCAGAUUAUUUGAGGCAAAAAGCUUCGUACAAACUCUUCGAAUCUUGUACUACAUCGCCAAAACCUUCGGACUUAUUUCGUUCACUACAACAUUUGAUACAGUUGGUAUUCGGCGCAGCUUCAAGGAUGUGCUCGUUUUUGUCGGGUUCAUGUUUUUCAAUUGCUACAUUGUGUUCAAAUCGGGUAUCCCACCAAAAUCAGACAGUCCCUCGUACUUCGACUCUUCGUUGAUCCAAUUCAUCCUCGGUCUAUUUCUUACGCUGCAGUUAAUUGCCUUGAUCGGUAUCCCAAUCACCAACUAUGUGCAGGCGUACAAGUACGAUCGUCUCAUCUACUGCAUCACGGAAGUGGACAAGGGGUUAGAGGAACUGGGCUUCAAACAUGAUUACAGUGUCGAGUACUUCUAUAGCACAGUGUACUUAAGCGUAACGCUCGGGCUACAGCUUAGCUGCCUUACGGGGACCGCCUUCACCAAUCCUUUUCUAGUUGAUUAUGAUACAUGGUGCAAUUUCACAGCUCUCGUAGGCUUCAUCAUGUGUAACUUGGUGUACAUCAUGACCAGCUGCUUUUGCUGCGUUACACUUUGGGCAAUUGUUUACCGAUAUCACAACAUAAAUGCGACUUUUUGGUACGUAUCACUCCACCAACCAGUGUGUUUGACCGGCGGCCGUAACCAUGUUUUGCUUAAUUCCUUUGCCAGCAUGUACUUUCAUACCGAGUCUGAGUCUAACAAGCAGCUGUACCCAUUAUCCGAGAACGAAACUAUCAAAACAAUCGCAAUGAUUUACAUGAAACUAGGAACGGCUGUUCAAGUGUACAAUCGGUGCUUUUUUAUUCACAUAUUCUACAUAAUUGCAAGUGCUUUCGGUCUUAAUUUGGUAUCAUGUUUCACUAUCAUACACGUGUACUUGGCUAGCAGUAGCUACAGCAUCGUUGAUCCUAUUAUGAUCUCUCAACUGUUUCUCAGUCUGUUCUUCAUUUUAAUCAUCAUGCAAGUCAUGUUUGCUGGAAACUUACUUCACAAAAAGGUGAAAAUAUAUUAA